CGUCUCCGGCUAUCCCCUGUUCCCGCUCUCCAUUGCUAGUGAUAGACCGAGCUGUGUCGCUCUCCCGGACCAUGGAGUCUUUUUCCUGUAGUUGACGUUUAGUUCCCCUCCUUCUGCUCUCCGCGUUCUUCUAGGUCUCCAUUCCAUCCGCCGCCGCCGUCUCCGGACCUCCUUCAUUACUUUACUGUUCAGACACAUUGGACCGGACAUGAAGAUCGUUGUAGGCAUUGGCGGUGUUACCAACGGUGGCAAGACCACUCUGACAAACAGAUUGAUAAAAACCCUUCCCAAUUGCUGUGUCGUACAUCAGGAUGACUUUUUUAAGCCCCAGGACCAGAUCAAGGUUGAAGAUGGAUUUAAACAGUAUGAUGUGAUCGAUGCUUUGGAUAUAGAUGCAAUGAUUGAAACGAUUAGCGCUUGGAAUAAGGACCCUGUGAAGUUUGAGAAAUCUCAUGGUAUAAACAACACCAUGGACAACGAGUCAUGUCAAGAGAACGAGAAGCAAGAAACAUGCCACAUUCUGAUUGUGGAAGGAUUUCUUUUAUACACACAUGAACCACUGAUAGAAAUGUUAACCCAUCGCUAUUUUAUUACAAUACCCUAUGAUGAAUGCAAGAGGAGAAGGAGCUCUAGAAAUUACACCGUUCCAGAUCCACCAGGACUUUUUGAUGGCCAUGUCUGGCCAAUGUAUGUGAAACACAAGAAGACUAUGGAAGACUUGAAUGUUGGUGUGGAAAAACUUGAUGGAACACGCACACGGGAGGAAUUAUUUAACAGAGUAUAUGGAGAUGUGCUAAAUCUGUUAAAUUGAAGAGUUAAACUGCAAUAAGUGGCCUUACACCAGAGAUGCAUUAUGGAUUUUAAUUUAUUUUACACUCCCUCCAUCAGGGUAUUUUUUAUUGAAGAGAACCAUUUUGGAAAUUCUUUUUUGAAGAGAGCACUCCAACCGAAUAAACACUUUGUUUUAAAAAAAAAAAAAAUGGUGUUUUUAAUUGCUUGUCACAUCUUUAUAAGAAAGCUUUGCUAUAAUUUUUAUUUGUUUCUGGGAUUCCAGUGCUUCCUGGUGAAGCUGCAUGUGUUCUAAAUAUUCAUCAUGGCCCACUGAAGAAAGGCCUUGCCAAACAUUUCUUUAAAGAGAAACUAUAUUUAUUUUCAUUAUCCACUAUACUCUCCAUUAUUCUUGCUGUGUGGACUUUGCUUUGGUCAUUGGAUGACCAAAUUCAAUAAAUGGCAGCUCUAACUUA